AUGCCUUCUAGGAACAUCCUAGUGGAGGUCAUCAAUAUCGCCGACAAGUUCCCUGAGGAGACAAAACGGGAAAUGGAGAUGGAACUAAUUCCAAAUAACUUGACACAUCAGGAGCCUGCACACAGAAACAGAUUUGCCGUGAUACGCAAAAAUUUGGAAUCGAAUGAACAAUUAGUCCUUCAGGCGGACAAAGAAGGAUCUACAGUGAUAAUGGACAAAAAACAAUAUGCCAAGAAGAUGGAAUAUAUUCUACGAGACAGAACCACCUAUCGUAUACUAAACAAGGAGCCAACUAUGAUGAUCAAUGGAAUCGUAUGUGCCAUGCUGAAAGAUAUGCAUAUGAAUAGGGAAAUUGACGCAUGGACAAUAAAUUCAAUAAAAAAAAGGAUUCACGACCACCAACAGAAUACGGAUUAA